AGAGUUAGAAGUAACAUUGAGUUUGAUUAAGGGUUCGUUUCAGACGGCAAACAGUGUUGUUUACUUUGUUGUUUUGCGCAUUUCUUUGACAUUGUGCACAUUUCUACGUUAAAAGUUCGUGGAAAAUCCAUUUCAGCGCAUCUUUCAUUGACUGAGACAUUUCACACUCCACAAUUUGUUUGGGAUCUGACUUUUCAUCUGUAAACCAGAAAUGAGCAGCACAAAACAAUACAGAUUUAAUAGCUACUCUCUCCCAGACCUUGUGAUGCCAGUUGACCUCACCAUGCAUAUGCAGAUAAGCCCGCCAGUGUCUCAGCUCCUUGGCAUGUCCACACUUAGGUCCUCUUCAUCCAAGGACCUAAAUGUGUCCUCACAGGAGCUUCAUCUAUCCGGAUCUUCCACCCCAUCACCUACAUCUUCCCUGUCCUCAUACAGCUCUGGCAGCUCUCUCUCCUCAUAUUCUUCUGGCAGAAGCACACCUCGCAAGAAGAAACAGGUAGUGUUUGCUGAUGCUAAGGGUCUCCCUCUCACGUCCGUACGCAUCUUCAUCACUGACCUUUCAGAGCCAGAAACAGAAGAUCUUCCACAACCUGAGGAGAGGAUGAAGGUACAGUCGUUCAAGCAGAGUGGGAGACUGCAGCUGAAGCUUGGAUUUCCACAGCCAGUUGCAAACCGUCAAAGCUUGCAGGAAGCUCUAGUGCAACUAGAAAGCUGUACUGUGAUCGAGAGGGCGCUGAGUGGCACGGUACGGGUCCGCAACCUUAAGUUUGACAAGGCUGUCUUUGUUCGCAUAACUUUUAAUUCAUGGCGAAGCCAUCAAGAUAUCCCCUGCACGUAUGUGAGGGAACCACAUGCAACUUUGGAGACAGACUUGUUUGCUUUUAAUGUGUCUCUGCCAUCCGAGCUGGACCCAAAAGAACGUCUGGAGUUCUUUGUGGUGUUCCAACCCGGGAAUGGCAACUUGCAGCUUGUGGACAACAACAAAGGUAAAAACUACCAGAUCUAUGUUGAAAACGUGAUGCCGGAACCUCGGUUGGUGCAGAUGCAGAUGCCAGGCAGACGGAACUUUGUUACUCCAAGUCCUAAGCGCUUUUCAGCAUGGCCUGCAGUCAGAGGUUAUGAUAUACCUAAGAUGAACUAUGUGGCAUGCAAAAGCCCCCCCAUUUUAAAUAGAACCUGGGGAAGAAUGGCAAAUGUAGCUCCAUUGUGUUAGAUGGGACUGAGACACAUGCGGUCCACAUGUCUACUUGAACUCUAUUUGCAUGCCACUGUAGUUACAGACUGAAAGAUGUAAGAAAAUGGAGAAUGGCCAUGGAUGUAGAUUCCAGGAGGUAUCCCCCCCCCCCCAAUAAUUAAAACAAGCAAGUACAACA